AUGCCGAUGCACCAAGGCUUUCUCCCGCGCGAGGGCCUCACCGCCGACCCCAUCUUCCGCCUCAUCGCGCGCACCGCCCUGAACCCGGCCGUGAUGCUGCCGCUUCUGCUCCUCGCCCGUUACACCAAGAAGGGCGGCGACCUUGCCAUCCUGCACCCAACAGCCUUUGCGCGGGUCAAGUUCCUUGCCUACUGCGCCCUCACGCGGUGGGCGAGCAGCUGGCUCUCGCGGCGCGUGCUGAACGGCUGGUCCACCGACCAUUACGACUGGCGCAGGGAGGUUGUCCUCGUGACGGGUGGUGCUGGUGGUAUUGGCGGGCAUGUCGUGCAGUUGCUGGCUGAGCGGGGUGUUACUGUCGUGGUGUUGGAUAUCCAAGACCUGACCUUUGCAGCCGGCUCCAAUGUCCACUACUUCAAGUGCGACAUCACCUCAACCGAGAAACUCGCCGCCGUGGCCAAUGACAUUCGCGCCAAAGUCGGCCACCCGACGGUGCUCAUCAACAACGCCGGUGUGGCGCGCGGCAAGACGGUCCUUGACUCAACGGAGCACGACAUACGCUUCACUUUCGACGUCAACACGCUGUCGCACUACUGGACGACCAAGGAGUUCCUCCCGCACAUGGCGAAGAACAACCAUGGCAUGAUCGUAACGGUUGCGUCGUUUGCGAGCUACCUAUGCGUUCCCAACAUGGUCGACUACGGCUCCUCAAAGGCCGCCGCAAUGGCGUUCCACGAGGGCAUCUCGGCGGAGCUGAAGACCCGCUACAACGCGCCGCGGGUGCGUACGGUGCUGGUCAACCAGGGCUACACCAAGACGCCGCUCUUCACGGGGUAUCAACAGGGAGUCGAGCUCAUCCUCCCGGCGCUUGAGCCCGAGACAGUCGCGGAGGCGAUCGCGAAGCAGGUCCUCCGCGGCGAGAGCGGGAACAUCGUUCUCCCGGCGUACGGCAACACGCUGACGGCGCUGAGGGCGUUCCCACAUUGGUACCAGAGCACGCUGCGGGCUCAGUCGCAGAAGCUGAUGACCAACUUUUCGGGGAGACAGGUUGUCAACGACGUCAAGGGCUUUUAUGACAAGAAGGGCAAGGGGGCCGAGGGCGAGGGCGAGCAGGAGAGGCCGGAGGAGAGCACGGUGCUGGUGGCGGAGCCCACUCCUGACCUGAGCGGUAUUCAGUGA